UGUAUUUAUAUCAUCUUACAGACCUUACUGCAUCUGUUAGUUUGUAUGUACUUGAUACUGGUGGAAGGAAGCGGCGGAAGCUCACCAUUUACGAACGCUAACAAGGAGUGCCGAACGAUGCUUCCCUCUAAGCUACGGUCACCCCCGAGGGAAGACAAAAACCUUUUUAGAGUCGGUGUCAGUGACACAAUAUAUCACGAAGCAAUGCAUCAUAUUCUAGUAAGUGUGGAGAACAUUACAGACCGACCGGUCAUUGGUGUGCUGCUGCAGCCCCGACUGGUAGGAUGUGAAGGCCCGGAUGUAAAUCACAAUGUGGGGGAGUUCGAAAUGAUUCCAACAAAUAACUACUUCGAAUUUUUAAACUGCAGAGGAACUCCGAAGGGGACAGUUGUGACCAAACGUUGGACUGGCAAGCCAUACAAAGGAAAAAUAGAAGUCAAUUUUAUCAUAGCUAAAACAAAAAGAAAAAUAAAAUUUAGGGCUACUAUAAUAAGCAGUAGUGGUCGUAUCUAUGUUAACAAUGACAGCGAGGAAAUUCGGUACUUGUCAUUGAACGCUAACGACCGUGAUGAUUCAAAGGAAUGUCCGAAGAUGGAAGCACAGCCCCUGAUCUCUAAUAACGAAGCUGCAUCUGAUCACAGCAACAAGCUCGCUAUCUCUUUAGUCCUUGUCGUGUCUCAUUUAUUUCGAUACAUUCUAAAAUGAUUAGGAUGUCGUUCUCGCAUGGCAUACGUGGUUCUCAAGGAAGACAUUUCUUUCAGGAGAAUUUCCAAACCUAUCCUAUACUAGAUGCCUAAAAGCUCACACAUUAUUUACUGCGCAUGAUCAGCUCACCGACAUCAGUGUGGUCAUGGAGGAUGAACAAGGCCCAAUUCGCAAUAGUUAAUGAUUACCCGUAUUCUAUAUUAUUGAAGUGUAAACGCUGAAAACGUCCCCACCACCUACUUACUGUGGUCGUCAACAAUAGUAGAGUUGUGAAAUGAUAACUUAUAUGUCAUACAGUCGUAUUUCACAUUGUACAUGUACAUAUUUAAUAUUUCUUUUUAAAAAGUAAUCAUGUUGUCAUUUAUCAUAGAUUUACAAAGUUAAAUGCAUUUUUCUCAAAUUAAACGAGUUAAACGAU